CGGCGUCCGGCGGGGCCAUGGCGGCGCUGGGCUCGGCGGUGCUGCGGAGGGGCGGCGGCGCGGCCCCCCGGCUCCUCGCCGUGGCCGUGUCGUGCCAGAGCUGCCGCCACAAAGCCACGGGGGACGGCGGGCACGGGCAGCCCCGCGAGCAGCAGCCGGCGGUCCCCGGCAGAGCCGGCGGCCAGCCCGCCCCGGCCGAGGGCGCCGACACCAAGACCUACCUGUGGGCCAGGUACCACGAGAUGAAAAAGCUGGUCUACGAUCUCCUUCCACCAGGAGUCUGCAACCUCCUCAACCCCGCCGCUAUCUACGCUAACAAUGAGAUCAGCCUGGGAGACGUGGAGAUCUAUGGCUUCGACUACGAUUACACGUUAGCACAGUAUUCUAAUUUACUACACUCCAUGAUUUUCAACACUGCCAGAGACAUCCUAAUAGAACAAUUCAAGUAUCCAGAAGGGCUUGCAAAGUAUGACUACAUUCCAGGGUUUGCCAUUCGUGGACUUCACUAUGAUGUACAAAAGAGUCUUCUCAUGAAGAUUGAUGCUUUCCAUUAUGUGCAGCUGGGGACGGCAUAUAGAGGGCUCAAACCCGUGCCUGAUGAAGAGGUAAUCGAACUCUAUGGUGGGACGCAGCACAUCCCCCUGUACCAGAUGAGUGACUUCUAUGGCAAGGGCCCAUCACUUAAGCAGUUUAUGGACAUUUUUUCUCUUCCUGAGAUGACACUGCUCUCUUCAGUCAUUGAUUACUUCAUAACUCAUGGCAUUGAGUUUGACCAGGUGCAUCUCUACAAGGACAUAUCUGAUGCAAUUAGAGAUGUUCAUGUGAAAGGAGUGAUGUACAAAUGGAUUGAAAAAGAUCUGGAACAGUACAUUCUGCAUGGGGACGAAAUCUAUGCUGUGCUGAACCGCCUGGUGAACCACAAGAAGAAACUCUUCCUCAUCACAAACAGUCCCUUUAGCUUUGUGGACAAGGGAAUGAAACACAUGGUUGGCAAGAACUGGCGGGACCUAUUCGACAUGGUCAUCGUGCAGGCUGACAAGCCCAACUUCUUCACUGACCGCAGGAAACCUUUUCGAAAACUGGAUGAUAAAGGCUCACUGCAGUGGGACAAAAUAAACCAGCUGGAGAAGGGAAAGAUCUACAAAGAGGGUAACCUCUUUGAUUUCCUGAGGCUGACGGGCUGGCGUGGGUCCAAAGUGCUCUACUUUGGUGACCAUCUGUACAGUGACCUUGCGGACCUCAUGCUGCGUCAUGGCUGGAGGACUGGAGCCAUCGUUCCUGAACUGGAGACGGAGAUCCGGAUCAUAAACACAGAGCAGUACAUGCACUCCCUGACCUGGCAGCAGGCUCUGACAGGGCUGCUGGAGAGAAUGCAGAUGUAUCAGGAUGCAGAGUCGAAGCAAGUAUUGCUGGAGUGGAUGAAGGAACGACAGGAGAUCAGGUCGCUGACGAAGAACCUGUUCAACCCACAGUUUGGGAGCAUCUUCCGCACCUUCCACAACCCCACGUACUUCUCUCGCCGGCUGGUGCGGUUCUCCGACAUCUACAUGGCCUCUAUCAGCUGCCUGCUCAACUACGACGUGAACUUCACCUUCUACCCCCGGCGCACCCCCCUGCAGCACGAGGCCCCACUCUGGAUGGAUCAGCUCUGCACGGGCUGCAUGAAAACCCCCUUCCUGGAGGAGAUGGUGCACAUUCGGUGAGGGGCAGGUACUGCAGGCAGCAGCACGGCCGGGCCUGUCGUGGGGCCGCUCGGCGGCAGCACCUCUGUCCACCACUAAAGGGCGUUUGACACUUGCGUACAUGUGUAGAUGGUGUGUUUAUUUUUUCCCUUCACUGGCUCCAUCCCUUUCCCUGAGGUGCGUUAUAGGCUGCACAGAGCCUGGGUGCUCGUUCUCUGGCAGGGAGUCCUCUCUAGGAGCUGGAGAACUAAUGAAGGUGGUGGGACACAGCCAGUCCCUGCUCUGUGCCCAGAGAAGUGGCUCAGACACGGAGCCCCACGUCUCCAGUGCUUGGUGAGUGCAACCCAUGGGAGGGGUGACAAGGUGUGUCAGGGCUGUAGCUGCCCACAUGUCCUGGGACUGCAGUGUGAGUCAUUCUGCAGGUGGACAGGGAGGGGUCAGGGCUGCCAGCUGGGCAACCAUCAUGGAUGACAAAGCAUCAGCAGUGUUACCUGUCCAGAACUGGUACCAGCAGCCCUCAGCCCAUUCCUGCUCCCCACCAGUCUGGUUUGUCCAGCUGGGGACUCUGGUAGGGAACUGUUAGGUAACUGUGCAGGAUGGGCAAGCCCUGGGUGUUGGGAGUAGUUCACAGGGUCUCAAAUGUUGUGACAUACCUGGUUUUUGAGUGCGUUUAGGGCUGUGCACUGUCAGUAUUUUUGGCUUGGUGUCAUGUGACAUCACCAUUUUGACAGUUGGUGUGGUCUGUUGUGAGUUGCAGAGGGAUGUGUUCAGCCUUGCAGGGAAGGUUCAGGGUUGGCAGCAGAGGUGGUGGCAUUCCACCUCUGUUCACUGAGAUGUGUGGCCUAAGGGGGACAGAGGGGCUGCUGAGGUUGUCCAAGGAGGGUGCUGGUGUGGGUGUGAAGUGCUGCUGGGUGUGGUGGGUCAGAAAGGGGAGUGUGGCCAUGCAAAGCCAUGUGGUGCCUCCUCAGGAGGAGGAAGAGCAAAGAGGUGCUAAUAGCAAUGUCAGAGCGUAUAGGAUGGGACAAAGGUGACAGUCUGGAGGCCCAGGCAGGUGAGAGCUGCUUUAGGAUGUGAGGUGCAGAAAGUGGGCUUUCACCUGGCUCGGGCUAUGCUGGUCCUGGACAGGCUUCAGACUGCCCCAGGGCCAGGCAGGGCAUUGGGGAGGGGUAGAGGGGCAGUUGAGGUGGGGAGGAGUUGUUGAGAUUUUGUGCCACUCUGCUCAUUGGCCCUGGGAAACAGGAGAACAUUGUGCCAUUGGAAAGCUGGUUGGUGUGUGGGAAGUGAUUGCUGUAGGAUGAAGGGGUGGAGACAUUGGCUGCCCUGGUCCUCCCCUCACUGCUGCACCAUUUGCAGAUGGCAAUAAGGGUGACAGUGCCAGCUUGCUCACGGGGCAGUCGGUGUUGAGGUGACAGGAAGGAGAGAGGGAACAGCGAAUGGAGGCACUUCUUGUGCUGAGUCUGGUAGUGAGCAGGCAAGGAAAUGAGUGACUGCAGAGCCUGUCUGUGCAGCAGGUAAGUGCUGUGGGUUUGCAGGGCCAGGAGAUUAGCAUGGGUGGAGCUUGUGAGCGCUGGGCUGCGGGGAUUGCUGGAGGGGCUGGGUGUUGUCAGUGUGGGGGCAGCAGAAGGAGAGGUUGGUGUGGAGGACCCUCUGCCAGGAGCUCUGACUCAGAGAAAGGCGCUGAAGUGCAAGGUGUGUCAGCAACCCUCCGUGGGAGUCGCACACACAGACACACACACAGACACACACACACACAGAGGUUUCCACAUGUUCCUCCCUGGUGCUGUGCCAGGCUGGCCCCUCAGUCUGUCACUUGUGUCUCACUGCCUUGUCUUUGUGCCACGUGCCAGCCCAUCACAGACGUUCAGGAUGCCUUGCUCCGGACUCAGUGGCCUGGACAAUCCCUGUUAACAUGGCUGCUCUAAUCAACAGCUGUAGUAGAUGCACGUGGCAUUUGUCUUUGUGGUGUGUGUAGUGUGUAGCUCAAUAAACGUCUGCAGCAUGUAUAA